UGACCUUGUUGGCAAUCACUUCCGCCCAGGGGUUUGGAAUACCCGAGGCCCUUUGGCGGCGAACAACAAGAAAGGCACUUCCGGUGUAUGUUGCCUAGGCGCCGGCCUGGUGGGCCUGCAGGGACGGCAUUACUAGGUCGUCCUCUUCCCCCCGCCUUUUGGGGGUCGAGAUGUCGGGGCUCAGCUACCCAGAGAUGGAGGGCUGCCGUAACCUCCUCGGCCUACUAGACAACGAUGAUAUCAUGGCCCUGUGCGACACCAUCACCAACCGCCUGGUGCAGCCUGAGGACCGGCAAGAUGCCGUUCGUGCAAUAUUAUUGUACAGUCAAAGUGUAGAAGAACUUUUGAAGCGUAAGAAAGUCCACCGAGAAGUCAUAUUUAAGUACUUGGCAACACAGGGGGUUAUUAUACCUCCAGCUACUGAAAAGCACAGUCUUAUUCAGCAUGCAAAGGAUUACUGGAAAAAGCAGUUACAUCUGAAAUUGAAGGAAACACCUGAGCCAGUUAAGACAGAGGACAUUAGACUAUUUCAACAGCAGGAAAAAGAAGAUAAAGCUGAAAAGGUUGAUUUUCGUCGAUUAGGAGAAGAAUUUUGUCACUGGUUCUUUGAACUUCUUAAUUCUCAGAAUCCUUUUCUGGGACCACCUCAAGAUGAAUGGGGGCCACAGCACUUCUGGCACGAUGUCAAGCUUAGGUUUUAUUACAACACCUCUGAACAAAAUGUGAUAGACUACUGUGGAGCAGAAAUUGUGAGCCUUCGUCUGCUAUCCCUAGUGAAAGAAGAGUAUCUUUUUCUCAGUCCCAACCUAGAUUCCCAUGGACUGAAAUGUGCUUCUUCUCCGCAUGGUCUGGUUAUGGUUGGAGUUGCUGGGACUGUCCACCGAGGGAAUACUUGUUUGGGCAUUUUUGAACAAAUUUUUGGACUCAUACGCUGCCCUUUUGUGGAAAAUACGUGGAAAAUCAAGUUUAUCAACCUAAGAAUUAUUGGAGAGGGUUCUCUUGCUCCUGGAACAUUAAUGAAACCAGCUAUUACAUUUGAACCUUGUGAUCUAGAUGCCUUUUAUAACACUGUUACUUUAUGCAGUACCAACGAAGUACAGCUUAAUGUAAGGCAGGCAUUGGAUAGUGGAACUGGAGACCAAGCUUUAUGCAGUGGAGAUGAGGCAUUGUUGAACAAAAGAGAACUGAGUUUACCGAGCCCUCUAAAGCACUGAACAUGUUUGUCAGCCUAAAAAACCUUCUAUACAGAAACUCUUCCAGAUACCACAUUAGUAAUGUCUAAGUGAUUUCAGAUGCGAGGAUUGACAUAUUUUAGUUGAAAUAUCUUUCUUGAUAACAGACGAACAUAUUAUGUGAAUACUUGCCUCUUUCUACCUGAGUUGAAGCAAAUGUUCUGAGAGCUAAUGCAGUUCAUCAAAUAAAUCCCACUUUAGAUGGUAUAACUAAUGGUGUGCCUUAGAAAACCAGGUAAUAUUUUCAUUUUACUUAGUGAAUAUUCUGCUAAUAUCUGUACUUUUCCUGUUGGAAAGGUUUAAUGUAAACUCAGAGUUACCGUUUUAGAAAACUUAAGUGACAUUCUCACGCAAAAAGUCCAAUAAUUUAGCAGGUGGGGAAAAUUUACUUUGCCUUUUUAAAAUGAGGAACAUUUUUCAAAGUUAUCUAUAGUAGUCCAAGCUAAGUAUCUUAAAAUCUGCAACAUUUUCUGAACUCGUGGGCAUUGAUAAGUGCUAUUCUCAAAACAGACCUUAUUCUUAUCUAAGGCUUCAGCUAAGUUUUAUAGAACAUUUAUUGUAAUACCAUAUAAAGGAAACAUACUGUUGAAAUUUUUUAAAAGGUGUGCCCAGUUCUAACUUAAAUGAAUUACUAUUUUCCUCUUGAUCUUGGAAGAGGUGACCAAAAAAAACCCCCAAAAAACACACACAAAUUUAUAAUGUGGUCAUAUCUAUAUACAAAUAUAGAUAUACUCCCACAUCAUAAAUUAAAAUUAUUAGGAUUUCUCACCUCUAAAUUGUUUUACUAGGUUUGAAUUACAAAGUUAAGGUUCCAGAUUAAUUACAUAGUUGCUUUAGGGUUUAAAUUCUUCAUCACUUGGCAACUGCUUGCUGAUCUUUGAUUUAGUUAGUAAUUUUAAUUUACAAAAAUGCCAUAUGGAAAAAAUUCAGCUGGGAAUUGUUGUGAUGAUGUGUUGUACAUGUUAAUUUUUUACCUUUAACUCUUCUCGUGAUCAUCUAGGGUAACAAGAAUUUUGGAAGCAGGAGGAAAAAACUCAUCUUUUUUGUAUUUUAAUGCCAUGCCUUUUAUGAGGAGUACAAAUUGAUACAUCCUAAAAUAAGAACUUAAUAAAGGAGGGAAAUUCCUACUGUCUGCUAUAAGAAUAGUAUAUUGUUUAGAUUUAAAGCAAGUUAUCAUUUUCUCCUUUAAGUAUAGAGUAUCAUUAUAACAUGUACUCAAUAAAUAUCCUGAGUAAAGGAUAAAAUUAGAAACUAUUCCCAUCUGUUUCCUUUGUGCUAUUGAUGAUGAGUACUGCAGAAAUAUUACUACAGAUGCUCAGGGUGGGCAGAAAUUGCCUCUGGCUACCUUCAGUAUUGGCUUUUUGAAUUUGUGUAAUGCUCAAGUAAGGCUGCAAUCUUUGCAUGUUCUUUUAAUCAGCGUUAGAAAUUUGAAACCUUCCUGAUAGACUCUCUCGAGAAUUGAAACUAUGUUUUAUUUACUGUGAAUCCCUACAGCUGGGCCACACAGUAAGACCUAAUGUUUAACUAAAUGGGUUCAGGUAUGAGCAAAAGAAGUUUACAUACUGUAUAAAAGACUUUUCUGCAUCUAGAUUUUGUCUUUGGUUCUUACUAGUGAUGGGUUUUUUUUGAUCAUUUGUUUGAAUUUCAUACAGAUACACAGAAAUUUUUAGGCUCCAUGCUAACAAAUUUAACCUUCUUUUAAAAUUUACUAAAUUUAAAAAGCCCAAGGGUCGGAAUGGGAUAAACUGGAAGGCUCUAAUCACUUUAGGGGAAGUGUAUAUGUUUCUGUUCAGAGAAAGAAGACCUGGAGGAAUUGAAAUUUAUUCACGAAGUUUAGAGCUUGGUCAGGUCUUUGAGAAGGUCCAGAAGCACACUGCAGAUUAACUCUUCUUUUGCUACCAUCCUUUUGUUUUGUAUAUGUUAGGGAAUGGCAGAGACCCCAGCUUUAGGUCUCUUUUUCUUCAUUUCACCCUCAACUGGUAUUUUAAAGUUGUUGGAGUCAAGUAGUAAAGAAUACAGCACUACACAUAAUUCAUAGUGAUUGAAUGAAUGGUCAAACCAGGGGGGCAACUGGGCUUUAUUUACUGUAGACUGAUGUGCGAUAGCCUAAUAAAAGGGCAUACAUGAAGUAUCUGUUCUCAUUAAAAUAAAAAUACCUUUAAGUAAUAGUUACAUUGGGAUGUUUUAUUAGUAUCUAGAAUGCCAAAAACAAAUUUCAUGAGUCUUACUAAAAUACCAAAUAACAGAAAAAAAGCCAGCUCUGUUUUAUAAAAUCAGCUUGCAAAUGGCCAACACAGGAAAACUUUGUUCCUGUGUUUUCUUAAGCUAAAGGAAGCUAGUUACCCAGUGCCUGUAAGAAAUUGUAAUAGCACCAAAAAAAAGGGUUUAAAGAAUAGUGGCUUAAUUUAAAAAAUCAGCGAUUUUGUGUUUUAACAAAAUGGCUAUUAUGGCUAAGUAGAUGAUAAACAUGAACAAAAACCAUACUCUAAUGUUUUUAUUAGUAUCCAUAUUCACAAAUUUAGAUGCUUUUUCUUCAUGAUUCUUAAUUUGGGCUGUGGGGAGUGGUCAUGGAUUUUUUGAAAAAUGAGAGCUGUGUUCUCUUCCCAGAAAAGAAUGUGUUUGCAUAUAGUAUUACAAUUUUUGCAUUAUUUCAGUGAGCUUAUGGACUUCCCUAAAGCACGUCUGUGACUCCUAUAAGGAUCCUUAUACUUCAUGUUAAAAUCCUGCCAUAAUAGUUAUAUUUCCUCCAAACUACUUUUCGAUACUAAAAUUAUUUUUAGAAAAUUUUGUGCCCUUGCUGGAGUCCCUAAGCUAGAGGACUAAAUCUUCCUUAUGAAUGAAAGGAUAGGAAAUCUAUUCGUUUAUGACAGUUGUUAAUUUGUAGAUUUUGUUUUUCAAAAGACAUCAGAUACUAAGACAAAACCUACUGAAAUACUGUUAAGUGAAACAAAAAUAUUCCAAAUUCAUUUUAUUUUGGCAAGAUAAAUUUAAUGAACAAUAACAUGCAUUAGAGAAAAUGUGAGGGAAAAGUCUGAAAAGAAAAAGUAUUCAAAAAAAUUCUCAGGGUGCCUGGGUGGCUCAGUCGGUUACGCAUCUGCCUUCUCCUCAGGUCAUGAUCCCAGGACCCUGGAAAUGAGCCCAUUGGUCUGCCUGCUCAGCAGGGAGCCUGUUUUCUCCCUCCCCCUCUGCCCCUGCGGCACCCCCCUUGCUCUCUCAAGUAAAAUCUUAAAAAAAAAAAACUCUAGAUCUUUACAAAAACUUUAUCCUGAGAUGUUUAUUUAGUAAUGAUUGUAUACUGCUAAUUUUUUUGAAGGAUUUUAAACGUAGGAUCAUUUCCUCUGAAGGGCUUGUAUAUGUGAUCUCACACCAUUCCCUCUCACUCCCCUCACUCCCACCCUAUUUAUAACAUUUGUAUAUACUCAAGUUUGAAUGCAGAUAGCACACCUGCAAGUGCUGGGAAAUAAGACUUUCUGCAUCUGGGUUCUCUUCAAGUUUAGUUGGCAUAUUUAUGCAGCAUCUACAAUUUAAAUCACUGAAUCAAGCACAAGGUAAAAUAAUACAUCAAUAGGUUAUUUACCUAAAUUUCCUAUGUUAAGUUUCAGUUUCCUAGUUUAGAUGUCUUAUGGUGAGAACUGCUUUAGGCCCUUUUUUUUUUAGGUAUGGUUAUAUCUUUUUGUAUGGGUCAGGAAAAAAGAACACUUAAUUGAAAUUUUAAGUAGCUGUGUGGCCCUGGCUGUGCCAUAUUGAUCGUAUCAAUGCAGAAUAUAAGAUAUUUUGACAGACCACUUCAUUUAGAGUUAGAAGGAAAAUAUUUCAGAACUGUAUUAGAGUGCACUAACUCUUUUUAGCUUUAUUUUUUCUAGUUUGAACCUUUUCCAGUAGUCCUUCAGUAAAACAUUAAUAUUAAAAUGGAGUAUUAUUUACUGUGAGAUAGAAUGUACUUCAAUGUAUUAAACCAUAAACUCCAGAAAUGUGUUAGACAUGAAGUGUUAAUAGAAUCACUGGCCUAGAAUUUGGUACCUCCUAAUUUCUAUUCCUAGUACUGCCCAGUAUUGCCCUUCAUAGUGAGUCAUUUACUGAGGGUUCUUUGGCUAGCAGUUUUCAUCUUCAGUUUUUAGACACCCUAAAUUUCAAGUAUGAAAUUAGUUACAUUUGAAUUAAUGAAUUUAAGAAUUGAAAGAAUCCCCUGCUGCACAGUGCCAACUGUGUUACUUAUCUGAUGUUUUCUGAACAAAAAUUAAAAUCAGUUAACUACUUAGGAAAGCCUUUUUUCUUGAAGUACUUAGUUUCACAAGUUUGUGUGAAUCUUUUCCAUCUCUUAAAAUACUGAUGGUUAGUAUUCUAUUUAAUUCUCAAAUUGUUACAUGUAAGUUACUACUGCCUCCCUAAGUAGAUGGUAAAUUACUUGAUCUGGUGAUUCUUUUCUAAAAGAAUUUUUUUUUUUAAUUGUAGUAUAAUUAACAUACAGUGUUACAUUAGUUUCAGAUAUAUAAUAUAGUGAUUGGACAGUUCUUUUUUUUUUUUUUUUUUAAAGAUUUUAUUUAUUUAUUUGACAGAGACAUAGCGAGAGAGGGAACACAAGCAGGGGGAAUAGGAGAGGAAGAAGCAGGCUUCCCCGUGGAGCAGGGACCCCGAUGCGGGGCUCGAUGCGGGGCUCAAUCCCAGGACCCUGGGAUCAUGACCCGAGCCGAAGGCAGCCACUUAACUGACUGAGCCACCCAGGCGCCCCUAAAGUCCAGGUUUUAUAAUCUGGUUUUCAUCACCAUCUAGGUUUGAUUUCACUCGUUUUCAUGCAUUGUUUGGUCCAGCCAGCAUCUGCUAUUAAGUAGUCUUAGUAUUUGUCCUGUGCUUACUUAGCCUUCUGCUUUUAUUGGCAAGUAUAGACAGUCGCUGACUUAACAGUGGUUCGAUUUAGGAUUUUUCAACUUUACAAAGGCAUGAAAUUGAAAUGCAUUCAGUAGAAACCAUACUUGUUGUUGUUUUAAGUAAUCCCUACACCCCACGUAGGGCUUGAACUCAUGACCCCAAGAUCAGGAGUCAUAUACUCUGACUGUGCCAGCCAGGCGUCCCAGUAGAAACGGUACUUUGAAUUUUGGUCUUCUCGGUGCUGCUCAGCAGCAGGUUGCCCCAUGUCCCAGUCAGCCAUGUAGUCACAAGGGUAAACAACCUGUAUACUUAAAAUCAUUUGGUAUCCAUAUGUUCAUUCUGUUUUUCACUUUCAUUACAGUAUUCAGUAAGUUACAUGAAAUAUUUGACACCUUAUUUAUUAUAAAAUAGGUUUUGUAUUAGAUGAUUUUGCCCUACUGUAGGCUAAUAUAAGUGUUCUGAACACAUUUAAGGUAGGCUAGGCAAAGAUAAGGUAUUCAAUAGGUCCUAACCUAUUAAAUGCAUUUUCAACCUAAUGAUAUUUUCAACUUCUGUUGGGUUUAUUGGGAUGUAGCCCCAUGUAAGUCAAUGUGGGUCUAUAUACAAAAUAGUGAAAUUUAAUUUUUUGUUGUUGCAGUCUGAUAAUAUAGAAUCAAAAGGGCUAUGAUUGAAAUGGUUUAAAAACUGGAAAUUUCUUUAAGUCAAGCAUUUUUUCUCUUGAGGUGUUUUGUGUAUAUUAUCUGUCUAAAAUUUUCCUAGCUUUUUGCAUGGCUGCUUAAUUUUUAUCUUUUAGGAUUUGUCUUAAGUGUUUUCCCUCUGUAAGUGGAUCCCAUUUUUAAUAUUUAUCAGAGCUGUUUAUUUCAGCCCUAGCACUUUAAAUAUUAAUUUACUAAUUUGUUAAUCUCCCCCACUAGAUUUUAAACUGAGAGCAGAGACUAUAGCUGUUUGGCUUUCAUUUUUUUCCAUUGCUUUGCACAGAGACUAGGUAUUCAAGUUGAUAUUUAUUAAAGAUAUAAAUAAGGGAAUACAUGAUACUUUUUCAGAGCCUUUUAUAUUCCUAGCCCUUUGCCUGUCUGCUAAAGACAAUGCUUAGUGUAUGUAUUAGGUGCUCAUAAAUAUUUGUUUAAUGAAUAAAGCCAAAGUUAUCCUCCUGAAUAUUAAUAUAUGAGCUCUAAUACAAUCAACAAUAAUCUGCUAGAUAGAAUUAUUGAAGUUUUAUUAUGCUUUUAUAAAAGAUGAAGAAACUGAGGCCCCCAAAGUUAAGUAAUGUGCUGAAGUUCACAAAAUUUUGUUAUGGGGAUUUUUUUCCUGUUUUUAUUUUGCAUGCGGGGGGAGGGGGGCGGUGCGUGGGUGGAGGGAUGAUUUAAUUUUUCAACUACAAAGCCUGUUUUUUUCUUGUACUUCAUUUCUAAUGUGACUACUGCUACUACCUUAUAGUGAAAGAAUUUAAACUCUAAUUCUCAUUUUCUUCACAUGUAAAAAUAAACAAUUUGAUGAUUUCUAAACUGCUAUUUUGAAGUUACAUGGUUUUGUGAAUGUACACUUUCUUAGCAACUCAAGAAUAUUUUAAAGGAAUUUGUAGUUCAUUGAAGUUGAAGAAAUUAUUUUGCUUCCUUAUAAAUUAUGCUCAUUGAAAAACACUUUUUAUUCUUUGUUUUUUUUUAACAAAUACACAUUUAUAAAUAUGUGUGUAGUGUAUGUAUUUCUAUUUACAGAGGGAAAAACAAGAGGAUGAAAUAUUACACAUUUCUAGAAAAAAGUAUGAAGCCUUUAAAAUAGUUUCCUAUUUUCUAUUUUUUUUUUUAAGCUUUUAUUUAUUUAUUUGACAGAGAGAGAUGCAGUGAGAGAGGGAACACAAGCAGGGGGAGUGGGAGAGGGAGAAGCAGGCUUCCCACUGAGCAGGGAGCCCGAGGCGGGGCUCGAUCCCAGGACCCUGGGAUCAUGACCUAAGCCUAAGGCAGACGCUUAACGACUAAGCCACCCAGGCGCCCCUGUUUCCCAUUUUCUAAUCACUAGAAAUUCUGACGUUGUUUGAACUACUGUUGUGUAAAACUUUUUUGCUUUGUUACAUUUGUUCAAAAUAUAUUUUCAUGUUUUAGUUGAAAAGUGCAAUUGGUUGACAGAAGGCCAAAUUAUAGACUGCCAAAAACCUGUAGUAAAAAUUUAGAUGUUAAUAAAAUAAUCAAGUACUAGAUAGAUGAUUCCUUCAAAGAGACUGAGUAAUAGGAGUUGACAUACAUUUAAUAGUGACAUUGGAGAUGAGUGGCAGAUUUGGGAUAGGAUUUUUCUGUAGGAAGCAUGGCCCUGGGUGGGUGUACUCAUAAGGUUAUUAAAAGUUAUUCUAGGAAGUUUAAUGGAAAAUACUUGUUUAGCAAAGACAGGAGGUUUUGCUGUACUGACUGUACUGAUUGGAGUAGAUUAGCUUUGCAAUAGAACGAGCUUAGAGUACAGAAACAAGAUAGCAAUAGAAAAGUUAAGCAUGUCAGGGGCUUUAAUGCUGGGACUAGUAGUAGAACAAUCAUAAAAUUGAACUCAUAGGAACUAAGAUAAUUAUAGAAUAAGCCAUAAUUUUAAUUCUAAAUCAACCUUAAGCUAGAGCAACAGUUUAGGACUGAGAAAAAAGUUGAUUUUAAAUAAUGUAUUAGUGUUUUCCCUUAAACAGUCUUCUCUUAAUUUGGUAAACCACCUACAAAGCACUUACUAUGUACCAGGUACCCUAAUGGAAGACACUUGGUACUUAAAAUAUUUGUUCUGGUUUCUUAAUGCUUUUCUCACUUUAACUUGCAUCAAAUAACAUUUACUGUGUAAUAAAAGUUUAUUAGAAAGUGCUUCCCUCUGCUCUCUCAUUGAUGCCCUACUUGCUGCUUUAACCAUUGUCUUCUUUUGGUCCUUAUUCUGAAUUGUAGGUAAAGCCCUAACCUUUGGAUUAGAACAAUGCCCCAAAAGGAUGGUGAUCCUUGGUAAUUAGUUUAGCAGUUUCACAGGGGAAAAAAAAUGCACUGAAACUUUUUUUUCCAUAUCACAUAUAUUUUGGAAAUCUUAUGCACAUAGUUCACAUAUUUAGCAAGUUUUAUAGGUAAAUUAAAAUCUCAUUUAGUUUUUUUUUUAAUAUUUUAUUUAUUUAUUUGAUAGAAACAGCGAGAGAGGGAACACGAGCAGGGGGAGUGGGAGAGGGAGAAGCAGGCUUCCCUCUGAGCAGGGAGCCAGAUGUGGGGCUCGAUCCCAGGACCUUGGGAUCAUAACCUGACCCGAAGGCAGAUGCUUAACGACUGAGCCACCCAGGCACCCCAAAUCUCAUUUAGUUUUUAAUAGUGUUAUGUUCUUAGUGUACAAUCAUUAGAUGCAUAUGUAAUAACAGACUAUGUUGGUCAGUUUAUCACAGGCAACAUGAAGUCAACAGUGUAUUUUUACUAAUGUACUUACCUGUGAAUUUUAAUGCUUGUUAAAUUUGCAUUUUAUGGUUGGUACUCUUUUAUCUCCGAUUCACAAAAUGACUCAUUGAAAAGUGAUGAAAAUAGUAACAAAUACUGUAAUGUCAUAAUGUGAAUGCAGAAUCAGAAUCUAUGUGUUAUGCAAGAGAUUCUGUGAGUAUGAUGUUUUUAAAAUUUCAGCUGAACUAUACAAGGAAGGACAAUUAUGAAUAUGAAAUGUGGCCUGCAGUCCAUUCACCACUGGUUAAUAGUACAUGGCCAGUGAAAUAUUUGCAUCACCAUCAAAAGUCUCACGUCAUUUAUUUUGAGGCGCAUUGGUUUCUCUGGUAAAUGAAUUUGGGUAAUUUUAUUUUUCCUGAACAGGUAUAAAAUAACAUCCCAGUUUAAAAUUUGUCAUUCAAGAUGAAGAGUUCAGAAUUACAGAAGUAUCAUUCGGAGUUGCAUUUCUUAAAAUGAAAGCAAGUUUUUGUCCCAGACACCUGGCACACACAGCCCACUCAGUGCUUGUGGCAGAAAGCCAGCUCACUUUAGAUUGUCACCAGAGUCCUUCCGUUAGUAGAGUCCUGCCUUAGAUCUGUUACUUGGACACUAAGCCAUAUUUUAACAUCUCUUGUCUUAAUGAUUAUAUCCAUUUUCCACUUAUUUUCUGCAUUGUGUCAUUGGACAUAAUCCUUGGAAAUAAUGCUCGCUAGCCUCUGACAACCGUAGAACUGUCGUUACCUGUGGGUCUGAACUUGGAGUCUUGGUUCAAAUAUCAAACAAAUAUAACAGGAAGUAAUAAUUUUAAAAAAGGCGUUGUUGCUGAGUGGUAAAAACAGUCUCAUAUUAAUAAAUAUAAUCAGAGAUUAUAAAACGAGCAAUUGGAAAAAUUCUGUCAAAAAGAAAAUCUCAUAAUUCAGGGACAACAUGGAAGAGCAACUUCCCAUCAUGUGUUUAGAGGAUAUCGUAUUUUGCAGACAGAACCACUAAUGUGCAGUGUCUGAAUCAUUUGGCAUAUGUGUGUGUUACAUAUAAGAGUGAGAAGUUCUUAGCAACUUCUUGUUCUAUUCAUCCCUGAAAAUUCAUCAAUAUGGAAAACAAGAUUACACUGGGCAAUAAGCUUUGGUGAGAACUAGACAGAAUGUAUUACAAUCUUUAAUGAUGGUAUGUACACUAGCUAUUUGGGCAGCAAUGAAGGUGUUAGGUGAAUAAAAGGGUUGUAAAAAAGCCAAUCAACUUUCUUAAGAGAGCAGUUAGUUAUCAACAGUAAACCAUCAAUAUGCUGAUUACAAAUUUUAAUGCUUCAGUCUAUACUGUUUUUAUAAUACUGUAUGAAAAACUGAGCAGGAAGUUGCAAAACUUUUUUCUUCUGAUACUUCCUGUGUGGAGGAAAGGUGUUCACAUGAGGUUUUGAGAUAAGAACAGAAAUUAAAAACAUUUCUUUGAGAUAUUGUUAAUGUCAGGAAAGCGCAUUUCUUUGAUUUUAGGUGCCUUCCUUAAGUGACAUUUCAACCAGUCUACCCACUGUCUUGAAAAGACAUCCCUCCAGAUUCAUAAUGUGAAUUAUAAUGGCAAGGAGUUCACAUUAUGUUAAGAUUACACAACUUGUGUGAAUGGCUCAGUUCUGAAGAGCUUCAUCCCCACCCCCACCACAAUCUUAUAUUCCUGGCUUACUGCAGAAACAUGUUUGGGUACAUAUUUAAAACCAUGUCCAAAUACUGCAACAUAACAUGAAAGAACACUUUCCUGAGCUGAAUGCAAAGGACAGAUGAGAAACCCCUUUAACACCAUCUACAGGUAGAUUGUUCUUUUGGCGGCUCUAGGUGAGAAGAUUAUUGUGAUAGUAUAUGACUAAAAAAGAAUUUUAUAUGUGGAUCAGUAAGAAAAACAAGUUUUUUAAAUCACAUACCUAUUCUUAGAAUACUAGAAUAGUGAUAAGCUUCCUCUCUAUAUGACCAUAGGAAUGUAGAACAGAAUUGUGGGAAAAAAUAAAACUGCUAGAAUAUAUAUCAUUAUUACAGAGUGUACAAAUGUAAAGUACACAUUGUACACAAAGUUUGUGCUGAUCUGACUUUACUGUUUUUUUGUUUUUAAGCAAUAAUCACCUUUUCACCCAAACAAUUUAACUGAUAUCAUCACCUUGAUUUUAAUUUUUAGCAGCCAUUCAAUGCCCUUAUUUUCUGUCCUUUCCUAAUCCUGGUAUUCUGGCAAUUUGUUAGAGAUCAUUCCACUAUCUCCUUUUACUCUCCACCCAAAUAAGUCUUAGUUGGAAACAUUUUCAGUACUGGAGUGAAAAAACUUGAAACUAUUUUCUUUUGUUCACGUUCUAUAAAUUACAUUUUCAAGAAGACAUGUCAUUUAUCAGUAGACAGUCUGUCAGAAGCAUGUAGAGCACGAACAUGUUUUUGCACAAUAUAUUGGAGGGAGGCAAGAUUUUCAUCAAAUGAUUUUUAUAUUCUUUGUUAUUUCUGGCCAAAAUAAAGCUUUUGUUCAUUAUCAUAA